UGCCUCUCUCUCACUCUCUCUCUCACUUCUCUCCUCUCUCUGCUUGUCGUCUUCUUUCAUUCCCGCCACUGUUAGCGAGCCCAGCCGGAGCGGACCGAGCGAGCGAAGUCCCUGAACGCAUCACCGCGCGCGGCUGGAGGAGAUGGAGCCGUGAGCCAAACUGAGCCGAGCCAAACCGAGGGGCGAUGCUGCUGAAUGAAGAAGGCUCCUCUUCCUCUUCUUUUUCGUCUUCUUCACGCGCACGUUCCUGUGCUGUGGACUGCGCGUGCACGCCGAGCAUGGAGACCAGCUCGUGCACGGGAAGCUGCCGCCGACGCACGCGGAUGGCGCGCGCACUCUUUUCGCUGCUGCUGUUGCACUUCAUCUCCGUGCACGGAGUCGUCACGGCGACCAACACCACCGAGCUGGCCGCCUCCCCAAACGGGACCGUCCCGCUGAGCGAGCAGGAGGGUCCCACCGAUGUCAGCCGUGCCGUCACCAUGGGAAGUGGUUCCGUCAACACUGUGACACCCAGGGUGGGCCGCGUGGCCCGCGGCAGCGGUGAGGAGGAGGAGCUAAGCAGCGGCAUGUUAGCGCCGGAAGUAGGCGGUACACCCUCGCCAUCUCAGAUCAGCCUGGAUUCGGCGGAGACGGAGCUGCUGUUACCCGGCAACCGUCUGCCAGCCGACGUCGUGGAGGAGGAGCCUCUGGCGCGUACCGAUCCGCCGUGGAUCAACGUCAGAGACACGGCCGUGUUCGACCUGGACCGACCGUCCGCCGGCGCCCCUCCGGCGACCAACGCCGACGUCCUCCACGUGGACUUUUUCGAUCCCGCCUCCCGUGGACGUAACCUAGACUUGGCCCCGCGACCCACCUCCUCGCUGGCUCACGAGCUCCAGGGCGGCGACCCGACGUCCUGGGCCAUGCCUGACAGCUACGACUACCUGACCCCGUACGAGGACGGGGUGUCCCCCACCGCCGACGAGUACCCCGACACCACCACCGAAAACGGCGACUCCCCGGCUCGACCCAAGUCGGCGGGUCCCGCGCCUUACCUCCCGAACGGCCCCCGGCGCGCCACCCCUGCGGACGGCUCCGACGGGAUGGGCGGCUGUCGCCCGGGCUACCAGAUGGUCAAUGCUACUUGUCGCUCCCCAUGUGACUUUGACCCCAACUUCUGCUAUAAUGGAGGGCAAUGUUACUUACUCGAAGACGCCGGAACAUUCUGCAGGUGCAACGUUCAAGACUACAUCUGGCACAAAGGUGCCCGCUGCGAGGCGGUGGUGACGGAGUUCCAGGUGAUGUGUUUGGCGGUCGGUGCGUCGGCCGUGGUGGUCCUGCUGCUUUUUAUGAUGGUGGUCUGCUUCGCCAAGAAGCUCCACGUACUCAAGACUGAAAAUAAGAAGCUGCGCAGACGCAGUAAGUACCGGCCCACGUCGGAGGCUCACAAUGAUAAUUUCUCGCUGUCCACCAUCGCUGAGGGCUCCCACCCAAACGUAAGGAAACUGUGCGACACCCCUCCUAACGCCCCCCAUGCCCGUGCAUUGGCUUACUAUGAUAACAUUAUCUGUCAGAAAACCAUGAGCAGAUAUACGUGGGAGUGUAAGACCAAAGAGGAGUCCGACUGCGAGGAUGAUCCUAAUUCCCAGAACAAGCUGGAGGAGCCAGUGAAGGCCCCGCCCAAGGAAGACGACGCCCUCAACAUCCACAACGCGCUGACGCCCAAACACGACAACCACAAGCUGCUGGGCGACGACGACUCGGAGGUCAACUCUCUGCAGAACAACAUGAUGUGAAAAAUACACUUUUUCCACCAUCGAGCCCCCCCCCCACCCAAACGCCCCCACCGCCGUGCCGCCCUCCAAGGGUCCAUCGAGCGGCUACGCUGACACUGCCGUCCAGCCCCGCCCCUUUCCUCUUGCCCCGUUAUCAUCACUUCACUACCUUCCUGUGGUCACUUGACUGCCCCUUACCUCUUUCACUGCACACAUGUAAACACACACUCACACACACACACACACACACACAUGCACAUACAGACACGCACACAAGCACGCACACUUUCCUGCCUGCAUCGUUGUAUUUUGUAAAAAUAUUUCCAGAAUUCCAGCGUGUGUAAACGUGGUCAAAAGAAAAAGCUACUGAAAGGUUUUGAUGUUUGUUGACUAAUCCAGUAAGUGUUUCUAAAUAUUGCAAACAAAUCAGAUCGAUGGAUCGACUUCAAACACGACGUGUCUUGUUUUCUUUGGUGUAAUUUCUAAUCCUUUGAUGUACUUUUACUGUUUUAAUUUUCUACUCUUUCAACCAACGAGAACAACAAACGCAAUUCCGACACUUGUUGAAAUAAAACCUUUUUAACAUGA